CACAGUCAGAGAUGUGCUGCCGACACUUCCCACUAGCUUAUCUCCUGUUUUUAGCUCCGUUAGCUCUUUCGCUAAGUUAGUUGAUAAGCCCUGUCAGACUCACACCACCUCGACGGCGCUCAGAAAUAUUUUGGGCUGACAUCGAAAUAUAUGCAUUAUUUUAGCGUGAUGAUAUUUUGUUUCUCUGAACAUGUGGAAUAAGAGGCUUUGGGUAGUAAGGAGGUACCCUAGCUGCCAGUCUGUGCAGCUGCAGCUGUCAUCUCACCUAGCUAGUUAGCUUAGCCGCAUAGGUGAGCUUGCGACCGUUCUUCCAGGCUAACAGACUGACUGUUAAGUCAGCAAGCAGUCGCUACUUGAGAGCGGAGUGUUCUGUAAUACAUUCCCCCUUCUACUGCUAAAACGCUAUUAAACAACGUUGGGUCCUGACUGCUGUGAGAACGAAGAUGCCUUAGCCAGUAAACGUUGGUCGGUGUUUUGGAUAUUUUAAGAUCUCGUUAGCCUGAAGCCAGUUAGUUAGCUGUUGUCAUUGAGUUAUCCUCAUUAGCCAUCAGCUCAGUCGCCAUUAAAAGAAGAUUUAUACUUCUGCAUAUUUGGCAUUUUACUUUGGAUAACAUCUUGUGGGAAUGAAGAAGUUUUUUGACUCACGACGGGAGCUGGUGAGCUCGGGGCCUGGCUCAGGAGCCAGCGGAGGAAGCCUUGGUUCCGGCGGCGGGGGCAGCUUUAUCGGCCGGGUCUUUACUAUUGGAAGACAUCAAGUGACCAUCGAAGAAAUAGUGGCUGAAGGAGGUUUUGCCAUUGUUUUUUUGGUGCGAACUAAUCAGGGUCAACGGUGUGCUCUAAAACGGAUGUACGUUAACAAUGAGCACGAUCUACAAAUCUGCAAACUUGAGAUACAGAUUAUGAGGGAUCUAGUGGGCCACAAAAACAUAGUUGGCUUCCUGGAUUCCAGCAUAGCUUCAGUUGGAGCUGGUGAUGUAUGGGAAGUCCUAAUCUUAAUGGACCUCUGUCGAGGUGGACAGGUAGUCAACCUGAUGAACCAGCGAUUACAGACAGGCUUCACAGAGGCAGAAGUGUUGCACAUUUUCUGUGACACGUGUGAGGCUGUUGCGCGUUUGCACCAGUGCAAGACUCCAAUCAUUCAUCGAGACCUCAAGGUGGAAAACAUUCUUCUGCAUGACCAGGGACACUAUGUACUGUGUGACUUCGGAAGUGCCACAAACUGUUUCCAAAACCCGCAGACAGAGGGUGUGCCUGUCAUUGAGGAAGAAAUUAAAAAAUACACCACUCUGUCUUAUCGUGCACCAGAGAUGGUCAACCUCUAUGCUGGGAAGGUCAUCACAACCAAGGCAGAUAUUUGGGCUAUGGGUUGCCUACUCUAUAAACUAUGCUACUUCACGCUUCCUUUUGGGGAGAGCCAAGUUGCUAUCUGUGAUGGCAGUUUUACUAUCCCAGACAACUCACGCUACUCCCAAGAUAUGCACUGUCUCAUCAGAUAUAUGCUGGAGCCUGACCCAGACAUAAGGCCAGACAUCUAUCAAGUGUCUUACUUUGCCUUUAAACUGAAUCGACGAGAGUGUCCUGUUCCAAAUGUGCAUAAUUCGUCCAUUCCUGCAAAACUUCCCGAGCCUAUCAAAGCCAGUGAAGCAGUGGCUAAAAAGAGUCAAACCAAAGCCAGGCUCACAGACCCCAUUCCUACCACCGAAACCUCAAUAGCACCUCGACAAAGGCCCAAGGCUGGCCAGACUCAGCCACAACCUAUAUCAGGCAUUCUUCCCAUACAAGCAGCUCUGACCCCACGCAAGAGGCCCAGUAUGGCUGCUGGAUCAGCCCAGCCUAUAGGAGUCAAUGUCCCACCUUCAGCUCCAGCUGCUGCUGUUCAACCUUCUGCCAGCAUUCAGCCUCAGGUUACACCGCACGCUCAGCAGCUACUCAUCAAACAGCAGCAGGCCUCUACCUUCCUAAACCCACAAAAUAACCAACAGCAGCAACAUGAGGUGCAUGAAAGUCCAGCUGUCCAUCUGACCCCCAUCCCUGAGUGUACCGCCAUUGGGCCAGCUGAUGACACAGAUGUGUCAACUGGACGAGGGCUUCAAAAAAUAGGCUCUUUAACACCCCCCUCAUCACCAAAGAUAGCACCCAAGAGUGGACAUAGACGCAUUUUGAGCGACGUUACUCACAGUGCCAUCUUUGGGGUCCCAGUGAGCAAGUCCACCCAGCUACUUCAGGCAGCUGCAGCUGAGGCCAGCCUCAACAAGUCCAAAUCAGCAAGCACUACUCCUUCUGGCUCUCCAUGCUCAUCCCAGCAGACUGUAUAUCACCCAGCUGACACUGACACCCAAUCUGCCCGUAUUACAACGAACACUCAGCCCAGCUGGAACCCCUUCGGUGAUGAUAACUUCUCCAAACUAACAGCUGAGGAGCUGCUGAACAAAGACUUUGCAAAACUAGCUGAAAUUGCUGGUCCAGAGGAGAAGGCCACGGGUGAUAAUCUCAUUCACGGAUUCAAUUCAUUUACAGUAAAGACGGAGGAGUGUGUGGAUUCACUGAUUCCUGGGUUGGAAACACCCCAAGCCCCGCAGCACUCAGGCCAGCCAGAGUUCAUCUCUGCCAACAUGCCAGACUCUUCUUUCCUCUUGUUGCAUGGAGAGAAAGCCAAUAACGACGAGUUUGACCCUAUUCCCGUGCUCAUCUCCAAAAACUCAAAUCAAGAUGUGCAAGAGGAGAGGAACGGCUACUAUGUGCUUGGCCAGGAACACAACAAUGAAACUCUAGCAAGCGAGGCAUGCAGUCACUCCAGUGAUGAAGACCAGGGAAAAGAAGCCCGCAAAGAAGAGCAGCAGAAUUUCGGGGAAGUCACAGAAGGUCACACAUCUGCCCAUGACUGCAGUGGCUCUAGACCGCUGCUGAUUGACUCAGACGAGGAGGAAGAACAAGGAUGCACGCCUAGCCUCCACUCAUCACCAGCAUCCAAUGUGGCAUCUUCUCAACCAUCUGCUACUACCUUGCAUCCACCUACACAGAAUCAUUCCCAACUUGAUCCUGAGCCAGGUAAAGGGCCAGAGGGUGCCGCAGACAUCUUCUCAAAAGCUCCUUUUCACCUCACGCAUCAUGAAGCAGGUGACGUGUUUGCCAAUGCACCAUUUCCACGCGCCCCGCUCACCGCCCCGCAGCAGGUGGAUGUGUUCUCCCAGGCUCCGUUUGCAAGAAGAAAGGAGGCCGCAGCACCUCCCUACCCUCAUGGGGCAACAGUAGCCCCUGAACAAGAUGUGCUGGGACAGCUCACCCCACAGCUGUUCCGCCCACAAGCUCUUGCCAAAUAUUCUCGACACUUUGAGGGACAGGUGACCCCGCAGCAUGUGACCGGUCACCAAGGGGGAUUUAAUGUGAGCAAUCAAGCCACUGUACCUGCUGUAGACCCUUUUGUUAGUGCACCCUUUCAUCUUAAAGCACCGCAAGAAAAGCCCUGAUUGAUACCAGCGCUGCAGCUGGACUGCAGGCCUGCACCGAACUCCUUCCUUAAGCAACAUUAUAGUAUGCAAGACUUUUACCUUGAUUCAACAGCUUCUGGGUUUCUUGGGUGAUGCAAUGACACGUAAUAGGAGAAAUGUCCUUGCAUUGUCUAAAAUUUGCAAAGCAAGGUGGCAUGCAUGUAAGCAGCACAAACCCACCCUUGUGUUUUUGUGCCUAAACCUGAGCAGACCUUAACCAUAUACCUCUGAAUCAUCACAUCAACUGCUUACGGUUUCUGACAGUGCUCUGUCAGAAAGAACUAUUUAGACCUGAGCUGUUUACAGCAGCAAGUACACAAGUGUCAUUUAGGAUCAUUCAACUGUAUGUGAUCGCUGCUCCUCGGAAAACCAAAUUGACACUUUUCUUUUUUUUUUUUUUUCAUCUUACCCUAAUCCAAAUUUGUUAACACAAUUUCUGAAAUGAUGCAAGUGUCCUGGGGUGCACUUAGGUCAGCACAGGCUACUGUAUUUUCUUGUACCUAUUUUGUUGCUUUAAUCAUUUCCAAAUAGUUGUGGACUUUCAUAAUUUUAGUUGUCAGCCCUGUUGGUACAAGACAUCUCCACAAAGACAACAUAGCAAUCAAGCAUUUGUUUUCUUGCCUACCUCACUUUUGGCAUUUGUCCUUGUUUGAAUAUAAUCUGGCCAUGUUUGGCUGUGUCUUGAAGUCUUGUGUGUGUUAUGGUUUGAGUCAAUUACCCUUCUUUGGGGGGCAAUGGAACAUACAGUAUCUUAUGUGUUCAUUCCAUGCGGUGAAGGACCUUUCAUUAUGUAAUCAAGGAUUCUGGACACUAUUCCUUAAUCUCUUUUCAUACAUGUAGCAACCUAUAACAUGUUCCUCCAAAAACUGCAACAAUUAUAUUACACAUGCAGCACCAAGAUCAAUUCCCAUACAUUCAUUUUAUGUGCCGCUUAUCCUCACUCACUUGGGUUGUGAGGUAUGCCCGAGCCUAUCCCAGCUGUCUUUGGGCUAGAGGCGGGGAACUCGCCAAGUACAAUUACGUCUGCAGUUUGUAUCAUGCACAACCCACAUUCACCUCUUGAAAAGCACGUACUGUAGGCACCUCUGUAAUGUUCAAGUAUGCACUGACAACACCUGCAGUUUAAUAAUGCUUGUCUUUUAUCAUGAGCACUUAUUCAGUCAGGGAUUGACAUACUGUAGUAAUAAAGAUCGGUGGCCUAUUUAAUUACAUUCCUUUAGGAAACAUUUUAU